AGCGAUCGUCAAAAGCUGUCGCGCAACUUCAAAAUUCAGACGAAAUUCGUGAGAAUUCCACAAUGAAAACAAAAACAUUCCGUCACUUCUCUUUGCCGUAGUAAAUCACCCGCACUAACUUGCUUCUAGUAGGUUGAUAGUUUUUUGUACUACGUCGACAGCUUUCUCCGAAUCGGUUUGGUAAUAGAAGUUCGAACAAACUUGAUAGUAUUUUACGGUUGCUUCCGAGGUGACGAUGAUGUGGUGUUGCUGACUGAAUAGUCCAACAUGAGUCCGAAGAACAUUCUGCACGUUGUGGAGGAGAACAUCCGCGGCAAGGUCAGCUGGACAAAUCUGCCUCUGGAGCUGAAGAAGGGCUUGCACGAUAAUGAGAAGCGCUACGAGAAGCUUAUUCUGGAGUACAGCCUCAAGAACCAACUACGCUAUCGAGGAAAUUUAGUUCACAGCACAUUCGGUCAUGAGAAAUUGUACUACGAGAAGCUGGUUGAGGAAAACAUACGGGCCCUGCACUUGUUUCCGUACCAUCUGGCCGACAUUGUGGCCAAAGGGCUCCGGUUGACUCCUUUCAACUACUACAUAGACAUGCUGGUGUUCUUGUUGAAUAACGACAAAAACUACGAUUCGUUGCCAAAUUUUACAGCGGCCGACUGUCUUCGGGUGGUCGGAAUCGGACGCAAUGAGUAUCUUACGAUUUCAAGUGAUUUGAAGACCAGUUCACCGAAGCUGUUUUUCAAGCGCAAUCCGUACUUUCUGCUGCCAAAAUUCCCCAGACGAAUUGUUAUUGAGCACUGGUGGAAGGUAGAGGUUGGCUACGUGCUAGAAAGCGAUGUGCAGUUCGUAAGUCCGGAAGAGCUGGCUAUCCUUGACCAGUUGAUUGAUUUCGGUGCCCAAACGGCCGGGGCAUUGGACUAUGAAAUAGUGCACAGUUUGUAUCGCAAGGGGUUAAUCUAUCUCGAUGUGCCAAUUAGUGGAGAGGACAAGAUCAGCAUUCCUCCACUUCAGAACUUUGUUAUGAAUCGAGUAAGCGGAGAUUAUUUUGAGAACCUGCUGUACAAUGUGUUCGUCACGGCAGACGAACAAUCCACAAUUGCGGAUCUUUCAAGUAUCCUGCAAGUUCCAUUGGAUACGGUCAAACAAGCAACGUCCCUAUUUUGCCGCUUGAACUUUGCACGUCGUAAGCAAUCUAGUUACACAAACAACGUCGAACCUCACGAAAGUUGGAGGAAUGCCAGGCGCGAACUGCAGCAGCAGCAAACUGGCCGCACUAUCUUCAACUACCAUUCCCUGCUUCUUAGUCAAGAAUCUGUCGAGAGUGAGCAAAGCGAUCGCGCCACUGAUCUUGCCCUUGGUUCGCUUGACAGUCCAAGUCCUGCCGAAGACAGUCCCGGCGACUAUAGCAACCUUUCGGAUGCCAAACCGGAGGAGCUGCGCUCACCGGAUGCCAAACGGGUCGGUUUUAUCUUCGACUCAACACUCACGGCUUUUCUCAUGAUGGGAAACCUGUCUCCGGGCUUGAAAACCCAUGCCGUCACGCUUUUCGAGGUAGGCAAACUUUGUGACGAAGGAAUGAACGAUUUUCUCCGUGAACUCGAGAAAGUGUCCAUUCUGGAUGCCGACGGAGAAGGGGAGGUCAGUCGUUACUUCCACCAUGCCAUCAUUUUACGUUCUACAAUCGUCGCACUGAAAACCGUCCUCAACACAGAAUUGGAUCUCCUCCGCCUGGAAAGCCUGGAAGCCCUCGACCAGAAAACCCGAAACCGUCUGCUCGAGAAAAAGUACAAAUUCCUCAUUGCUGCCGCCCCACUUUCGGGGGUCCUCUCCUCACCCUUUACCAUUCCGUUCUUUGGUCAAUUCUACAGGACCUCCGCCAAUUCACACAUUUGGUCCAAACUGUUCUACUAUCACAUGGGCGGUUAUGGUCCGCCGAGUCUGCUCUUGGCCAAAGGAACCGUCCUUCAUCACCUGCCGCGAUUGUUCCUCGGAUACGGAAAACUGCUCAUCACCAUCGUCCACACGGAAUCGUUUGUGCUCAAUUCGGAGAAGUUUGCUUCGCUGAACGAACACCUCAAAAAUGGCUGCGUGCUCAUACAGGGCUACGGGAUCAAGCAACCGGCCGAAAUGCACUACGAAGUGUUUCCGUUCGACGCUGGGUUCGGUCGCGUUUCGGAGUGGAGCCGGCACUCUGCAGUGCGGAGACUGGCCAAGGUGUUGGACUUACAGAAUAGCUUCGGGUAUAUGACGUUCAUUAGGACUGGUGUACCGGAUUAUGGCUGCGAAAAUUAUGAUGAAAAUGUUCAUCUGUUUAAGGAUCAUGGCAAAAGUAGCAGGGAGCGUAAGAAUUCUGACACGACUAAAUUGGAUUACCCAAAACCGAAAGCAACUCGCUCGGAUACGAUCAGUUCCAUCACAUCGAUCGAAAGUGACGACGCCAGUUUGAUCGAGGACAUUCGGCGGAUACGAGACAUUUACGAUGGAAAGGUUGCCGAGCCGGAUCUGCUGGAAGAUGACGAACCUACAGUGGGAGCAGUGUUAGAAGAUUCAGUGGACCAGGAUAGUGCAAGCCCCGAUCACGAUUUAGUGCAGCAGCUGGCCGAGGCCAGCCAGAAUGCCGAUUCGGACUCCGACACGAAGGAUCGAUUGAUCCGGAACAGGAUGGAGGAAUGGACCGUACUUGACAUUCAUUUCGGUAUUCCGUUGUUCGACGUGGACUGCAAUACUAGCAUAUGUCAGCAUGUGAUCAAGAAGCUUUGCUCGGAGGAAAACAUGGAAAAUAUACAGGAGGUCAAUUUGAAGAUGGAGCAGUGCUAUCUAAAGUUCAUAUCGCAAUGUUUGUAUUACGAGGACGAGAGCAUGGAACUUGUGAAGCCGGGUAAGUUAGUUCCAAAGCCACGAAUCAAUCUGGCGUUCGAAAAUGGUAAAAUUAUCAGCUGGAAUGGAAAAUAGAGAUGAUUGCGUUGGUCUCCUCCCUAUUAGAAUUUAAGUAAAAUUCAAUCUGAGAUACACCAAAAAUUCCCCAACAUACCAUGAAUAAACACAUUCCACUUUUAACCUGUUUAUUACCACGAAGAAAAAUAUAUUUAGCAUAAGAUUAGAAACUUUUUCGAGGGUAGUUUGAUAAGCAAAUUCAGCGUAUUAUUACUGAAACGCAAUUGCAAUACGAUAAUGCAAACCAACUGUGGUGAUGGGUAUGAUAUAGAUGAGAGACCGUACUGUUUUAUCGUUAAACAUAGAUGGUAAGAAGUGACACAGCAUUAACGAAUAUGUAGAUAGUGUGCAAAAGCGCAUGAUACCAAAAGUCCAGUCUUAGUCCCUGGCGUACACACAUUGUGCGGAGAAUAAAUUCAUUUAUUUUAGGCUAAAAAA